GACUCUGUGGAGGGCCUCUGCUCCACUGACGCUCAGAUGACCUUUGGUACAGGACACAGAACAGACUCAAACUGAGGCCACGGAAAUAAACAGAUGAGCUGAGCCGAUCCUCCACAUGUUCAUGACCUGAUCUGGAAUAACAGCAAAGAAUGGCUCCUGGCUGUGCGAUCGCAUGAGUUGGAUUUAGCUCCAUGGAUUUUUCUGCCACGUGUGAGCUUUAAAUUAAAUCUUCUUCUUCCGAGUCAAAGACAACAAUGUUAUCCUUCAUCACCUCGCUUUUCCCGACUUCCUUCCUGCCUGGUUGGUUGAUUUUAGAUGCAAAUCCACUGAUUAGUUUACUUCAAGGACUCGUGGGUUCGUGUGGGAUCGCUGUUCUGUGCUCCUUGAUGAGAGUGCACUUAUUUUUAGAAGACGAAAGUUGCAGGGAUGAAAAAGAAUCAUCAAACCAUAGCAGAUCCACUCAUCUCAGGAGAAGUCAAUCUGGACUUAGUGGGAGGAUCCACUUUUUCAUUGUGACUUUGUUACUGGCUGUAGUGGGAUCCCGUGUGGCUUCUUUGGUGGUACUAGAAUUCUGUCUUCGGGCCGUCUCUGGAUGGGUCACAGCUGGACCAGAUUCCAGGAAAUUUGUACAGCAGCUGUUAGUGCAAGGCCAGUUCUCUCUGGGCUGUGCCCUCAGCUGCAGUCUACACUUUCUCCACGAGGGGGCGGCCCAGCGCUGGCUAUCCCUGCUCUUGGCCGCAGCUCUCAGCUGGUUCCUGGCUCAGCAGGCCACACGCCUGCUGCAUCAUGUCACAGCUCUUUACAAACUCCACAGCUCGCAGCGCUACUGUGGCGUCUGCAUCGGCCUCCUGGCAUCAGGGGGUCGCCUGCUGCCCGCACUGUGCAGGACGACCAUCAUCACCUUCUCUGUGGCUGUGGUCGCUGCUGUGUCAAUCAUUAAUCAACACUUCCUCUCUGCAUCAGAGGCCCUUAAGUUCUGGACACCACUGACCAUCUGUUACACACUGUUGGUGGUGUACAUGCAGGAGGAGCAGCACCGUCUGCCGAGCAGCCAGGCUGUCCUCAACACAGUGGUGGUGCGCCUCGGGGGGCUGAUGGUCCUGAUGUUGACUGUUGGACGCUGGGCUGACGUGAUCCACAUCCUAAUUUGUUUCUUGGGUGAGGCCAGCUGCCUGAUUCCCACCAUGGAUCUGCUGGAUGCAGCAUUAUAUCAGGAUGAAGAGGAUUACACAGACUAUGCAAAGAGGGAUCAUCGACAAAGGCCACGGGAAAAGGAGAAGGAGCACAAGUGAAAUUUUAAACUUGAGGCACUUGUUUUUAAUCCAGUUAUCUAAUGUAGGUCCUACUAGGACAACACCAGCAAUGACUUACUGCGUUUGUAUUGAGAUUGUGUAAUGUUUUUCCAUAAAAAAGCAUAUUAUGACCAGUGA